AUGGAGCAGGCACAUGCAGGUGAUUUGAACUGGCGGCUAAGCGCACAUCCGAUCACGCUACUUGUCUUCUUGGGUAUCCGCAUUGGCGCGUUGCUGAUGUAUCUCUUUGGUGUCUUGUUCAUCCAUAACUUUGUCCUGGUGUUCAUCCUGACCCUCCUACUUCUGUCAGCGGACUUUUAUUACCUCAAGAAUAUUGCAGGACGCCGUCUUGUCGGUCUCCGAUGGUGGAAUGAAGUCGACACAGCUUCCGGCGACUCACAUAUGGUCUUUGAAUCAUCUGACCCGAAUGUUCGCACUAUAAGCGCCACAGACAAGCGCUUCUUCUGGCUGAGCUUAUAUCUGACGCCAGCUCUAUGGGUUGGACUAGCGGUCCUUGCCAUAGUGCGGUUGGUGGGUGUGAUCUGGCUGAGUCUUGUUGGUAUUGCUUUGAUUCUGACUAUCACUAACACCGUUGCUUUCUCGCGGUGUGAUAAGUUCAGUCAAGCCUCGACAUUUGCCAACCGGGCUCUGGGUGGAGGAAUUGUGAACAACCUGGCAGGCGGCCUGCUAGGGCGGUUCUUCCGUUAG